AUAUCAAAAUUAGUUCCAGAAAUUUUGAGCUAAACAUCAAAUAAACUGUAAAGGAUACAAAUAAACCUAUAGAAAUAUUCUAAAAUGUUUCUAGCUUUUUUAAAAACAAUAAUGAUGCGCUUUUUAAACAAGGAAAACGUAUUCAUUGUAGGUGUAACAGAAGUGAUUUUAGGAGCAUUGUUUGGCAUUAUAUCAAUUCUUGGAAGAGCUGGAGAGAAAAAUAUACUUCUCUAUUUAUUAGUUUUCAUGUAUGUUUUUCCUGGGAUUCCUGGAGUUUUUGUUGGAUUGUUAACAUCAAAACGUUUUGAAAAAUAUCGUAAUAGUAGACGCGGAUGUCAAACCUGUUUAAGUUCAUGCUGCUGUGGAUCUCUAUUGUUCUCUCAGGUGUUUUUAUUCUAUAUAUUGAACAUGGCUGCUACAAUAACUUUUGCCGUUUCGAUAAACAGUGUAAGUGAUAGUAAACCAAAAGAAAAAGAUUGCAUUAUUGACAACAAAAUAAGAAAUAAAGCAGUUUGCGAAGUGAUGGAGAUUGUAGACAAAAGUUUUAAAGUUAUUGGAUUAACUUUGUCUGUCUAUUCAAUGCUUCUUUGCUUAAGUUAUUAUCGCCGUUCAAUACAACAACCUACAAAUGCAAACUCAUCGUUAAAAGAAAUUAUCAAUUGAAAAUGAUGGUUUAAUAGAUCGAGAAUUAUCUUUUCUUACACUGAAAAAAUUAUGCAUGCUUACA